CGGAAUUCCUUUAUUGUUUCAAUACUAUAAAUAUUUUGCAUAUAGUUACUGUUGAGUAAAACAUAACUUUUGAGAGUGAGAGAUGGAGAAGAGUGCCGAGUCUGGCAGCAUGUCGCCGGCGCGCGUGAAGCUGGAGCCCGAGACGGACCAGUCGGAAAUGGGAUUUUUGGAGGUAGAAGCUGUAUUCAUGAUUAAAGAGGAGCGUGUGAAGGAGGAGUGGUCGGACAGCACGGCCGUGCUCGGCGUGAGCGAGGCAGCCAUGCUGGCCGACUUGUACAUCGAGCACGAGGUGAAGGACGAGCUCGUGCUGGGGCCGGAGCGCCCGCACCGCCCCGUAGUCGCCCCGGCCGCGCUAUAUAAUCGUGUCGCAGCGUCCGCUCUCGUCUCCCCUGCUGCGGUGUCGGGUGUGCGCCGCUCGUGCUCGGUCAGGCUGGAGCGCCUGCUGGUGGACGCGGCGCGGCGCACCUGCCGGGUCGCGCGCCGCACGUACAAGCUGCGCGCCGCCGAGCCCGCACACACACCCAGCGCCAUCGCCACCGGCUACCAGUGUCACCAUUGCGGCAAACGGUUCAGGAACAAGUCGGUUUUAAAGAAACACGUACACACUCACUCGCCUUUACAUAAUUCAACCGCAGGAGAUUAUGGUUUAAAGCGACAUCAAACGCUACACAAUGGUAUAAGACGGUCUCCACAGGCUUACAUUACGCACACAAAGUUACAGACUCAUCUGAGAACUCACACAGACAAUAAACUUUUCUGGUGUUCUCAAUGUGACUACAAGUGUAGACGAAAAGCACAUUUGCAGACUCACCUGAUGACUCACUCAGACGAAAAGCCUUUUCGUUGUAGUCACUGUGACUACAAGUGUAGACAAAAAGCCACUUUAAAGACUCACCUGAUGACUCACACAGGCGAAAAGCCUUUUAGUUGUAGCCACUGUGACUUUAAGUGUAGACGAAAAGCCAAAUUAAAGUAUCAUCUGAUAAUUCACACUGACGAAAAGCCUUUCACUUGUAGCCACUGUGACUUAAAGUGUAGAAGCAAAGACAAUUUAAAGUCUCACCUGAUGACUCACACUGACGAAAAGCCUUUUCGUUGUAGCCACUGUGACUACAAGUGUAGACAAAAAGCCACUUUAAAGACUCACCUGAUGACUCACACUGAUGCAAAGCCUUUUAAUUGUAGCUACUGUGACUACAAGUGUAGAAGAAAAACAUUUUUACAGGCUCACCUGAUGACUCACACAGGCGAAAAGCCUUUUAGUUGUAGCCACUGUGACUACAAGUGUAGACAUAAAACAAGUUUACAGACUCACCUGAUGACUCACACUGGCGAAAAACCUUUUAGUUGUAGCCACUGUGACUACAACUCUAGACGAAAAGCAGACUUAAAGGCUCAUCUGAUAACUCACACUGACGAAAAGCCUUUUAGUUGUAGCCACUGUGACUACAAGUGUAGACAUAAAACAAGUUUACAGACUCACCUGAUGACUCACACAGGCGAAAAGCCUUUUAGUUGUAGCCACUGUGACUACAAGUCUAGACAUAAAACAAAUUUACAGACUCACCUGAUGACUCACACUGGCGAAAAGCCUUUUAGUUGUAGCCACUGUGACUACAAGUGUAGACAUAAAACAAGUUUACAGACUCACCUGAUGACUCACACAGGCGAAAAGCCUUUUCGAUGUAGCCACUGUGACUACAAGUCUAGACAUAAAACAAGUUUACAGACUCACCUGAUGACUCACACAGGCGAAAAGUCUUAGUUGUAGCCACUGUGACUACAAGUCUAGACAUAAAACAAGUUUACAGACUCACUUGUUGACUCACACUGGCGAAAAACCUUUUAGUUGUAGCCACUGUGACUACAACUCUAGACGAAAAGCAGACUUAAAGGCUCACCUGAUAACUCACACUGACGAAAAGCCUUUUAGUUGUAGCCACUGUGACUACAACUCUAGGCGAAAAGCAGACUUAAAGGCUCACCUGAUGACUCACACUGACGAAAAACUUUUAAGUUGUAGCCAUUGUGAAUUUAAGUGUAAAAUCAAAGCAAAGUUCAAGUCUCACCUGAUGA